AUGGUUGAACCUGGUUCUGUGCAGACAGUGUCUGUACUGGUUGCAGUGUCUGCGGUGGCUCUUACCCUAUACUUCCUCAUGCAAAGAACUGGUGGAGAGAAAUCCUCACAGCUUCCCAAAACUCUGCUGGACCCCAUGGUCAAAUACUCCCUGCCCCUCACAGAGAAGGAGGAUAUCAGCCAUGAUACCAAGCGCUUUCGCUUUGGCCUUCCCUCUCCCUCACACGUCCUUGGCCUCCCAGUGGGGCAGCAUGUUUAUCUCUCUGCAAAAGUCAAUGGCAGCCUUGUGGUCCGUGCUUAUACCCCAGUUUCAAGUGAUGAGGACAAGGGCUUUGUUGAUCUGGUUGUGAAGGUGUAUCACAAAAAUACUCAUCCGACCUACCCUGAGGGGGGUAAGUUGUCUCAGUACCUCAAUAACAAAGGCGUUGGAGACACUAUUGAUUUCAGAGGGCCUAAUGGACUGCUUGUCUACAAGGGAAAUGGAAAAUUUGCAAUCCGCCCUGACAAAAAAUCUGAGGCCAAAGUCAGGAAGUUCAAACAUCUGGGAAUGAUUGCUGGUGGAACAGGUGUUACUCCAAUGCUCCAGCUGAUUAGAUGCAUCACAUCAGACCCUACAGACAACACCAAGUGCUCCCUCAUAUUUGCCAACCAGACAGAGAAAGACAUCUUGUUGAAAGAGGAGUUGGAGGAGGUGCGAGAGACUCACGCAGAGCAGUUCAGUCUGUGGUACACGCUGGAUAAGCCUCCGCAGGGAUGGGCGUACAGCUCAGGAUUCGUGGACGCUGACAUGAUUAAAGAACACCUCCCUGCUCCAGCGGAGGAUGUGCUUAUUGUGAUGUGCGGCCCACCUCCAAUGAUCCAGUACGCGUGCCUGCCAAACCUCUCCAAGCUGGGCCACAAGACAGAAAACACCUUUGCGUACUAAACAGCGAUGAACAGGGUGCAGGUGUAGACCACAAAGCUGACACGACGUCUGAGAUUUGAUACCAUUUUAGUGAAUAAAUUCAUUUUUUUUAUUUGUUA